UUCAAUGCAUUAGUAUCUACUAUCAUGGGUGCUACUGUGCUGUUCUGCAGAUACUCUGGUUGUGGGCUGGUUGUUCCUGAGAAGCUACAGGGCUGUAAGGUGCUGGAUCUGGGCAGUGGCUCUGGCAGAGACUGCUUCAUUCUCAGUAAACUAGUGGGCCAGAGCGGUCAUGUCAUCGGCAUUGACAUGACAGCAGAACUGAUCCUGGCAUCACGCAAAUAUGUCCAGUACCACCAGCAGAAGUAUGGCUACGAGAAGCCCAACACCAUAUUUGUGCAGGGUUACAUAGAAAAACUGAAUGAGACGGGAAUACAGAGUGGUUCGCUGGAUGUUCUGGUGUCAAACUGUGCCAUGUGUCUGUGUCCUGACAAGAAGCCGGUUCUCAGGGAGGCUUUCAGAGUGCUCAAGGAGGGUGGGGAACUUUACUUUAGUGACAUAUAUUCCAGCAAGGCUGUUCCGGAACAUUUGAAACAAGACCCAGUUCUGUGGGGUGAAGGCUUGAGUGGUGCCCUCUACUGGCGAGACCUGAUCUCUCUAGUGCACGAGGUGGGCUUUAGUACUCCAUACCUUCUCACUGCAAGCCACAUCAUAGUCCACAAUAGUGAGCUACAGAAGAAAGCAAGUGGCAUCACACACACCUCUGCAACUUACCGCCUCUUCAAGUUGCCCAAAAAUAGAAAGCAGAGCGACGCAGUUGUGGCUUACAAAGGAACGGUCCCUGACCAUCCCGACCUACUCAAGUUUGACAUGUAUCAUUGUUUUGAGACAGACAUAGAGGUAAGCGUGGAUGCAGAAAUGGCAGCCGUACUUCAGCAUUCCCGAUUCUCCUCUGACUUCUCCAUCCAAAGCUCAGACAAACCUGCACCAAGCCCUAAAUGUGCCCCUCAGAGCUGCCACCUUAAUAACCCAUUCCUACUUGCUGAUAACCUCAAACUUCAUUCAAAGCCCUCCACCAAGAUUGGGAACACUGAAGAACCAGUGGGAAAGUAUGACACUACCAACUGAAGGGAGAUACUAUUUUCUUCAUGAAAAUGAAUAUAAUAAACAUGUUACAUGA